CCCGCCUCUCUCUCCCUUUCUUCGCUCCUCGACCGGCAGGCCUGCCAGACCGCACGAGCCUCGCAGCGCCAGCAUGUCUGCGCCUGUGCCCGUGCGGCCGCCGCCGUCGCCCGCGCUCAUCCCCCUCACGCGCCUCGAUGCGCCGACGCAGCGCCUCUACGCCGCCUCGGCCCUCGUCGCGCUGCAGGCGCUCAAGGUGUACCUGCUCGUUGCGCAGCCCACGGCGCCGCUCGUCACGUCGCUGCUCCUCUCGCUCGGCUUUCUCUUUGCGCUGGCGCGCCUGCGCAUCCCGCGCCUCGACUAUGCGCGCACGCGCUGGCAGCUCCUCUUUCUGCUCUUUGCGGCCAGCGACUGGCUGCUCUGCGGCGGCUGGCGGAGCCUGCCGAGCCUGCUUGCCAGCGCGCCGGUCAUCGGGCCGCUCGGCGCUCAGGUUGGCAACAUUGGUGGUGCGCUGAACCCAUGGGCCGGCGAGCUCACGCUGGGCGGGCCGCGUGUGCAGGUGCGCAAGCUCGUGGCACCGCACGAGCGCAUCUUGGGCCAGUACACCAUCCACAUCCUGCCGUACAGCACGGCCACCCUGACGCACGACCGCUCGCGCCCGGCGUGCCACUGCAUCAGCCCGCGGGCGCCGCGCGUGAGCAUCCCGGUGCUCUUCAACAACACCGAGCCUGCGCUGCUGCAGUACAGCGUCACGUCAUUCAGCGGCGACGACGUGCAGCUCUUCAACGUCUCAAUACCGCGCUCGGCGCUGACGCGCAUUGGCGAGGCGCAACAGCCGCAGGAAGGGCGAAAGGAGCUGGACCUAGUGCUCGACGAUGUGCCGAGCGCGCUCGUGCGCUCGGCCGAGGCGCCGGGCCAGCCCGCCAAGCGGUUGAACUUGCCCGCAGCCGGCGGCAAGCAGCAUCUCUUCCAGCUGCCCGUCGACCACGUCGGUCGCGUGCGCCUGGAGCGUGUGCUCGAUGCGAAGAACCAUGAUGCGCGGCUUGACAGAGGCGAGGUCAUCGUCGUGGAGUGCCCGUCGAGCACUUUCAUCCCGCGGUCGCGCUCUGCAAUGGCCUCGGAGGCUGUUGCCUCGAAGCGCGCCGGUGCGCUCAUCAGAAGCGCCGACAGCAAGGCCCGCAAGGCAGAGACAGAGCAUCUCUGUCCAGACGAGCAGGCCGAGCUGCAUGUACGCGUGCACGGCCUGGCCCCGCUCGAGCUCGCCUAUGCGCGCGUUUGGACGCCGUCGACUGGCACGGCCUCAGACGAGCGUCGUGUCGUGCGAGGAAGCGGUGCAAAGUCUGCGUCGCCCCUCAAGGGCGGCGUUCCUGAGGUGCAGCGCAUCGCGCGCAUCAACAGCCCGCACGCCACGAGCCCGCUCGACUCGAGCUCGGCCGGCGUUCCCACUGCGGAGCGUCUCUCGGCUGCGCUCAGCCGCGCGUCGAAGAUUGGCGACCACUCGUGGGCCGAGGCUCGCGACAUCGACAUUCCGCUCACGCUCGAGACACGGCGCGCCGGCACGUACUCGUACGAGCUGCAGAGCGUCGUGGAUGCAUGCGGCAAUCAGGUCGAUGCUGCAGCGCUGGCGCAGGCGGUCAAGGGCCAGCCGGCGCCCGUGCCGAAGCACGAGGUGGUGGUGCACGCGCGCGCACGCAUUGCCUUCCUAGGCUGCUCCAGCGAGCAGCCGAAGAAGCUGCUGCGCGGACAGGCAAACGGUGAGAUGACGCUGCGGGCCGAUGGCGAGGGCGCCACAGAUGAUGGCUGGUCUGCCCUUGUGCGCUUCGAGCCGACGUGGGUGGGCAGCGAAAAGCCCGUCACGCGGGCAGCACAGAACAUCUCGAUGGGAACAGGUGGCGUAGCCAAGGUGCCCAUCGAGGGGCCCGGCGAGUACAUCAUCGAAGCUGUGCAGGGCGCCUACUGCGCCGGCGAAGUUUCGACGCCGCGCGUCUGCAGAGUCAUCGACGUGCCUCAGCCGCGAGCGAACAUCACCUUCCACGCCAUUCAAGACCAGUGCGCCGGUCCCGUCGGCGCGCGUGCGCUUGCCGUCCUCUCCGGCACUCCGCCCUUCAAGCUCGAGUACAGCGAGCAGCGCAAGGGCCAGCCCGAGUAUGCGCGCGAGCGCGUCGUGCAGGGCACGCGAGACGAGAUCGAGCUGCGGCCGAACAGCGACGGCGACAUCACGUAUCGCUUCAAGCGCCUCUCCGACGCCAACUACAAGCAGCUCGCGCUCGAUGGCCCGGAGUUCACGCAGAGCGUGCACCCGCUGGCCACGGCGCGCUUCGCGGGCUCCACCUCCGCUCCUUCACGUGUGCCGGGCCAGCCACACCGGCGGCCCGGCGGCGUCGCAGGCCGGCAGCCGGCGCGGACCAUCGUGCUGCGCAGCUGCGACGGCAAUCGUGCGGCUGUGGACGUCGAGUUCUCGGGCGUUGGGCCCUUCGCACUGACGUACGCUACGCGCGUCGCCGACGAUGCGGCGCCCGAGCAGAAGGUACUCGAAGGCCUAACAGGAAAGAGCCACACGCUCGACCUCGACCUACCCGAGCGGCUGAGCACGCAGGGCGGUCUUAUGACGCUCAGUCUGGUCAGCAUUCGCGACUCGCGCGGCUGCGAGAGGCCUCUGGCAGAGGCAGACGUCGUCAUUGAAGUGCGCCGGACGAAGCCGAGCGCCGGCUUCGACGUGCCUUCGGGCCAGCCGCGCGGCCAGAUCAACGUGCUCGAGGGCCAGGAUGCCAGACUACCCGUGCGCCUCACGGGCGAGGGUCCCUGGCAGGUCGAGGUCCAACGGCAAGGCGACGACGGACCGCCGAUCACCGAGACGCUCCGCAGCGCAGACGCCCACAUCCUUGCACGCAAGGCCGGGCGCUACACGCUUCUUUCCGUCAAGGACAGCACCUGCCCCGGCAGCGUCGUGCCGGGUCAAGACGAGUUCGACGUCACGCUCAUCUCGCGGCCGAGCGCCCGCUUCGACGACAGCGCCGGCCAUCUCGCUGCCAACUCCUCGCUGCUGCGAGCUGCAGUCUGCGUGGGCCGGCCCGACUCCGUCGAUGUGCGCCUCAGGGGCCACUCGCCCCUGUCGCUCUCGUAUGCGCUGUCCCUCGACGGCCGCAGCUCGCAGAGCACAAUCUCUUCUGCGCAGGGUGAGGCGACGCUGCCGCUCUCGACAACCUCGGCCGGCUGGCACACCUACGAGCUGGUCAACAUCGGCGACCAGCUGUAUGCGCCGGCGCACCUGCCGCGCGGCGCUGCAGCCUCAUCACACGCCGUGCUACACCAGAUGGUGUACCCCGCGCCGGUGGCCAGCUUCGUUGAGACGCGCUCUGCCGCCUCGCUGUGCGUCGGCGACUCGCUGUCGAGCGCCAAGAUCGGCCCGUCCGUGCCGACCGUCAGCCUCGUGGGCACGCCGCCGUUUGCCGUGGACUUCUCCGUUGGCGAGGCGACUGAGUCGGUCUCGCGGCGACGAGUCUUCCACCGCAAGGAUGUCCAGUCGCACAGCCUGGUGGUCGAGCUUUCGCCCGAGGAGCUGACUCUCGACCGCGUCGGACGUUGGACCGUCCGCGUCGAGAGAGUCGUGGACGGCAAUGGCUGCGAGACGGCGUUCGGCGCGCCUGAUGCCAAGGCGCCUGAGUGGGAUGCAAUGGUCGUAGAGACCGCCGGCAUCGUCGCCGUUGGAACGCGCAGUGACUUCUGCGUUGGCGAGGAGGUGGCAUUCGCUCUACAAGGCACCGCGCCCUGGACGGUCGAGUACACCUUUGCCGGCAAGCACGCACGAACAAAGGCGACGACGCCGACCUUCUCGCGCCUGGCCGACCGCGCCGGCGACCUCAGCAUCCGCAGCGUCGCGCACGAGCGCAACCGCUGCGUGCGCAACGUCGAGGGCGAGCCCGGCAUGCUGAAGCGCGUGCACGCGCUGCCGCGCAUCAGCAUUCGGCAGGGCAAUCAUUACAUCCAGGACCUGCCAGAGGGCAAUCAAGCGGAGAUUGCUUUCCACCUCGAGGGCGAGCCUCCGUUCUCCUUCACCUACUCGCGCACCGAGCCGACGGACCGGCAUUCGCGGCCGCGUGUGCUCGAGACGCACACUAUUGCGGGCAUCAACGAGCACGAAUGGAGCCUGACCACCUCGCAGGAGGGCACGUGGACCGUCUCCUGGCUGCAGGACAAGUGGUGCACCGUCUCGGUGGCGACCGAUGCGACGGGCACUACCACGCAGCGCAAGCUGUUGGGGCAAUAGGGGCCUCGCUUAAUUCAUUGAGUGCAGAAGC